AUGGCUGGCCUUCAACCGUCCGUCGAGUACCUUUCUACCGGUGCAAACAGACAGACCGCCGCUGCUGAUUGGAGUUCGUCUGGUAUCCUCGCAUUUGGUGCCGACUCCAAUAUUGCUGUGUGGGCUCCAUCUUCUGAGAAUGCAGAAGGUAUCACGGCUCUUCUGAGCGGCCACAAAGAGAUUGUUAAGGCGGUCAAGUUUCUUCCCCAAGUGGACGCGGAAGGCCGCCAGCUGCUCAUCACUGGUUCCGAUGACCAAACGCUCAAGAUCUGGGCUUUUGACCCAAAGAGCAACCAAGGAGAAUGCGUCCAGACCAUUCAGGAUCACACGGCUCCCGUGAACUGCAUAGCAAUCUUGAAUUCUCGAGCUGCCCCUAAGAAGAUUAUUUUGGCUUCAGGGGCUGCCGACGCAACGAUCAAGAUUUGGGAAUUCACCUCGGGCCAACUGCAACUGCGCCAGACCAUCAAGACGGCCCCGAGAUAUUUCCCAUUAUGUCUUGCUUUGACCGCACUGGACGAGUCCGAGGACGUGCUUGUUCUCGCAGCGGCAGGGACCAAGACAUUCGUUCAGGUAUUUGUCGCCGCUGCCGGUGAAGAAACGCUGGAUUUCAAACUCCAGGCAACCCUUUCUGGCCACGAGGGCUGGAUGCGAUCUCUGGACUUCACCUGGGAGAGUUCUGAGCCAAACAGUGAUCUUCUCCUGGCCUCAGCAAGUCAGGAUAAGUACAUCAGGAUCUGGCGUCUUCACCAGGGAACGGAACUACCAUCACUCGCAGCCGAGGGCUCAGACCCCUCCAGCGGCGCAUAUCUCCCCGGAAGAUCUCCGUCAAACAAAGCCUACAGACUCCAGUCCGCAGGCAAGGACUUCUCCAUCACCUUUGAGGCUCUCCUGCUGGGCCAUGAGGACUGGAUCUACAGCGCAAGAUGGUUCACUCGAGGCGGCAAACUCCAACUUCUCUCCGUCUCUGCAGACAACUCUCUCGCCAUGUGGGAAGCAGACGCUACUUCCGGCAUCUGGGUCAGCAUGGUUCGUCUAGGCGAGAUCAGCAGAGAAAAGGGCGCGACCACUGCGACGGGCAGCAUCGGUGGUUUCUGGACAGGUCUCUGGGCCCCCGAUGGCAAAUCCGUCGUCUGCCUCGGACGCACGGGAAGCUGGCGUCGAUGGACUUACAACGAAGACCGCGAUGAGUGGCAGCCCGCCAUCGCCAUCACGGGACACACAAGAACCGUCACCGGCAUCGCAUGGUCUGGGAACGGUGACUACCUCAUGUCCACCAGCUUAGAUCAGACCACACGUCUUCACGCACGCUGGAAGCGAGACACCGCGGCCAGUCGAUCCUGGCACGAGAUGUCGCGACCGCAAAUCCACGGCUACGACCUCAACUGCAUCGACACCCUCGGCAGCUCGCAGUUUGUCUCGGGAGCCGACGAGAAGCUCAUGCGCGUCUUCAGCGAGCCUCGCGCGGUGGCCAAGAUGCUGCAGACCCUGGGCGGCAUCAAGGCAGAGACGGGGCUGAUGCCGGACGGCGCCAACAUGCCUGUGCUCGGCCUCUCCAACAAGGCGAUCGAUGCCGUGGGCGACAACGUCGAAGUCGAGGCCGACAGCCAUUACGACCGCGAUGCCAUCGACCCAGCCACGAUCGUCCGCAAGUCCAUGCUGGAAAUCGACCACCCGCCAUUCGAGGAGUCGCUUUCCCGCCACACGCUCUGGCCCGAGACGGAAAAGCUGUACGGCCACGGCUACGAGAUCUCGUGCCUCGCCGCGAGCCACGAUGGCAAACUCAUCGCGAGCGCUUGCAAGGCGAGCUCGCUCAACCACGCCGUGAUCCGCAUCUUUGAGACGGAGCGGUGGACGGAGGUCAAGCCGCCGCUGACAGCGCACACCCUGACCGCCACGAGACUGCGGUUCUCCCCCGACGACCGAUUCCUCCUGAGCGUCGGACGUGACAGGCAGUGGGCGGUCUUUGAGCGGGAUGAGCAGGAGCGCUCCCGAUACCAGCUCCUCCAGGCCAACCCCAAGGGCCACACCCGUAUGAUCCUGGACGCGGCUUGGGCUCCUUCCACGGAUGCAAAGGUGUUCGUCACCGCGGGACGUGACAAGAAAGCCAACGUCUGGAUCGCCAAAGCUCAAGACGGCAGCAAGACCGAGUUCACUCUGGCUUCGAGCAUUGUCUUCGACGGGCCCGUGACUGCCGUUGACUUCCUCGGCAGACCCGGCGCAGGAGGCGAGCUCGUCCUUGCGGCUGGCACCGAGUCUGGAAAGAUUUCCCUUUGCACAUUGGCCCCUGAGACUUUCCAAUCAGCUGGAACACUUCAGCUGGCACCGCACCUUUGCCUCCCCAAGCCAGUCGCGCAACUAUCAUGGCGCCCAUCAAAUGACUCCGACGCAGGAGAUGAACUGGCAAUCGCCGGUGAGGACAGCUCCCUGAGAAUAUACAGCUUCACCAACUUGAGCACGCCCAAACCAGCAAGCGAAUGA